AUGAAUCCUCCGAUAAUUGAUGAAAAUCAAAAUGAAUUUUUGGAAUUAAUUGAAGCUGAAACCUAUGUUGAUAUUGAAAGAUUAAGAGAUAUGUCUAGACAUGGCAUUCCUGAUGAUUUGAGAGCUUCAGUGUGGAAAUAUCUUCUUGGUGUUAACCCAGGUGACAAGGCAGAACAAAUGAAAAGAGAACAUAUUUAUUUUCAAUCUGUGAAACAACAACAAUUACAAAAUAAUUCUUCAUUGGGAUUAUUCUACUACUCAAAGAGACAAAAUAUUAUUUUAUCAGUGGUGCAACAAUCACUAAAUCAGUCAAAAAUCAAACACUACACCAUUGAAGAGUUAUUAUAUCUUUUGAGGCCUUUUGAAUCUGUUUAUAUGAGCGACCCAAUACAACCAAAUGAUGGAAAGGAUUUGGAAAAGAAUAUUCACGAUAUGUAUAGAUGUUUUGAAGUUUUCCUUCAGAAGAAUUAUUUCAAAGAAAGUCUUUCCUAUCAAGUUGCCAAAUUGAUUACUCUUUUCAAAUGUACACAACCAGACUUGUAUCAAUAUUUUGUCAAUGAAGAAGUAGAACCAAAUGAAUGGUGCCUUCCAUGGAUAAAAUACUUGUUAUCGAAACAAUUACCUUUGGAUUGUGUUAGAAGACUUUGGGAUACCUAUUUUUCCACAAACGAUUUUGAUUUACAUAUUUACGUUUGUCUGGCAAUAUUACAAUACUACAAUGAAACUCUUAUGGAAUUGGAAUAUAGUGAAAUCAAAUACUUUUUGAAUAACAUUUAUACUAUUGAUAAGUCGACAGAAGAUGGAGAAAAUAGUUUGAUAAGAAUUAUUCCACACAUUCUUAAACAAGCAUAUAAUUUUAGAGCUUAUGUGAAAUCAAGGCAGUUAAUUUAA